UAAUCAUUAUUCAGAGGCAUCAGUUAUUUCAAUAUGUAGAAUAAUUGAUUAUGCAGCAGUUCGGUAAAUUUGGUCCAUUAAUAGGCGCUAUUGAUGAGGGAACCUCGAAUGUCAAAUUUUUGGUUUUUGCUGCUAAUACAUCUGAAGUGUUAACAUAUCACCAAAUACCCCUGAAACGUUUUAGUCCGCAGGAAGGAUGGGUUGAACAAGACGCUUUAGAGAUUCUUAAUGCAGUAUUGGAAUGUAUAGAGGUAACAACAGAUAACUUAAGAAAAUUAGAUAUAAGCCCAGAAGAUGUAGUAGGAAUAGGAAUUACUAAUCAGAGAGAGACUACUAUUGUAUGGAAUUCUGUCACAGGCUUACCACUUUACAGUGCUAUAGUGUGGUUAGAUGUAAGGACAUCAAAAAUAGUUGAUGAACUAGUUAAAAGAAAGGGACCACAAUGUGUGAAUGCUGUGUCACAAUCCAGUGGUCUUCCAUUGUCAACAUAUUUCACCUCUGUGAAAUUAAGGUGGUUGCUUCAAAAUGUAACUGCUAUCAAAGAUGCUGUGGCUGUAGGAGAAUGCAUGGCUGGCACUGUUGAUUCCUGGCUAAUAUGGAACCUCACAGGUGGCAACCGUGGUGGUAUACAUGCUACAGAUGUAACCAAUGCAUCUCGGACACAGCUCAUGUCAUUGAAAACUUUGCAAUGGGAUAAAGGGUUACUGCACUUCUUCGAUAUACCACAACAAAUACUACCAAGGAUAAGAAGUUCUGCAGAAAUAUAUGGUUACAUCUCAGUAGGAUCCCUUCUUGGAGUUCCUAUUGCUGGGUGCUUGGGGGAUCAACAAGCUGCAUUAGUUGGACAAGGUUGUAUGAGAUUUGGUCAAGUCAAAUGUACCUUUGGAACUGGUUGUUUCCUACUAUACAAUACAGGUGACUCCAUAAUACAUUCGCAAAAUGGUCUUCUCACAACAGUGGCUUAUAAACUAGGCCCUGAUGCACCACCAGUGUAUGCUUUGGAAGGAUCUGUGGCAAUUGCAGGUGAUACUUUACAAUGGCUAAAAAAUGGCUUAGAAAUAAUAAAUGAUGUACAAGAUUCUGAAGUAGAAGCAUCUGAAGUAAAUGAUGAGGAAGAAGGUAGUAUAUGCUUAGUACCAGCUUUUAACGGUUUAUAUGCACCAUAUUGGAGAAAAGACGCCAGAGGAAUAAUAUGCGGGAUGACCAAUAAAACAAGUCGGCGUCAUAUAAUUCGCGGGGCCCUUGAAGCCGUGUGCCAACAAACGCGUUCCGUGGCCGCCGCCAUGGAGGCCGAUUGCGCACCGCUGCACCGCCUGCUCGCAGACGGCGGCAUGGCGCAGAACUCCGUGCUUAUGCAAAUGCAAGCUGAUGUGCUUGCCGUGCCUGUAAUUCGCCCCUUAAUGAUGGAAAGCACAGCAUUAGGGGCGGCGAUAGUAGCAGGCCGGGCGUUACGUGUAUGGCCCGCGUCUAUACCUAGUCCUCCUGCUGAUAUUUUCCUGCCAUCUAUAACAAGUGAAGACCGAGAGAUUAGACGCGUCAGAUGGGAAUCGGCUUUAGAUCGCUGCAUGGGAUGGUCAACAAAUAACAACGAGGAGGAAUGUGCUACUCAGGCUGAUGAAAUAGAUAGAACAAAUGCUGUUCUUCCACCAGGUCUGUUUUUUCUUGGAACUGCACUACUAGUGAUCAUAGCAGAUAAAUUAAAAGCGAUUUAGUGUGUAGUUAUGUAGUACACAAUGGGCUCAACCUCAAUAGUCAUCGUAACAUUAUUUCCAAAAAUUAGUUUGUACGUAAAUUAAUAAUUUAUUCUGUAGUGUUGUUAUCUGUUGUGAUAAAUAUAUAACAAAUUAUAUUACAUUA